CACCAUGAAUUGGUUUGAUAAAAUUCUUGUUUGCUUUGUCAUGAGUGUGGGGGUUUAGAUCUAGAUUUGAUGUUAACUUCCCAUUGAAGUAACAGAUAUAUGGUUUGUUUUGUUCAUUCGAUAUAUUAGUUUAUCAAAUAUCUAGUCCAUGCCAACAUUUAUAGAUCUCAAGGCACAGUUAACUUUGCCAAUCGAUUACUAUUCUGAGCAUUAAGAAGUGAGGUUGGAUAUAGUCUUGAUAUAAUGCUGCUUGUUCGUUUACCUUUAUUUUGGAAAUGAGUCCGUAUGUGAUGAGGAAAUAAGCCCUAUCAAUUAUUAGACGAGACUUAAUAUUGGACACAUCUGUCUAGAAUUUUAUGCAGUUUGUCCCACACUUAAAUUGGGGCCUCUGUUGUGAAUAAGAAUUUCUCUAGAUAUUUUCUGUCAAUAACUUGCUUCUCAUUUUCCUGCUGUUAUAUGUUUCUGGAUUUCUUACUUUUUCAUGUUGGAUUUUGGAGUUGCCCAUUAGUUAUAUUUUUUCUCUCUCAAACAUGCAGGAGAGCUACACGCCAUUUCAUUAAGUUAUAUAUAUUAAUUAGGUGUUAAUAUAAAAAGGAUAUCCUUGUCAUUUGUCAAUCAUCACUAACUUCGAUAUUAACCUAUGGUCCUAGAUUUUUCCAUGAGAUUUCAUGGGUCAUAACUCAAAAGUGAUAGACAGUUACUUUCCUUCAGCUACGACACAUUUCUUUGCCUUUGCUCUCCAAAAGUUUCUUUUAAUAAAUAAUAACAUCUCUAUUCUUCCAGAAGUUCUUUGGUGUUAUUUCAGCAAACCAGUUUUUUUUCUUGUUUGUAUGGCGUGUUAAUUGUUAAUACGUACAGAUUUAUGUUUAUCCCUUUCUGGCCCAUGUUGGCCUUAUGGCCCAUUCGGCCCAUACUUUGUAUACUUGUAACCCUAGACUGAAUGGAACGAGGGCAGUCUGGUUAUUCUUCCCUUCUUCUCUAACAUGGUAACAGAGCCUGGUUCUCCCCGACGCCGCCACCGCUUGCAGCCUCUCUCCGCCGGCAAGCUUCUCUUCGCCGGCGAGCCUGCUGCUGACAGGAUCCUGCGGCACACCCUCCCUGCCACCUGAUUGUGGCUCUCCCUCCGUUGCGCCGCCUGUUCCCGCGGCGUCUGCGUCGCCGGUAGAGACGGUGCCUCUUCCCCUCUGCAUUGCCAAUUGAGGCAGCGCCCUCACCCUCUGCAUCGCCGGUCGAGGCGGCGCCCCUCCCUCUCUGCAGCGCCGAUUGAGGUGCCGCUCCUCAUCCCCUGUACGUCUGUGUCUCUGAUUCAGUCGCCGCCCCUCCUCUCCUCUCCGUCUAACCAGCAACAGAGGGAGUUCGUGCUGCUGUGGCGUCCACCCCUCCAACGUCAGCCUCGUCCCUCUUCUUACUGUCAUGGGGUCAUCUGCUGCUCCUUCUACCACUCUUGCACCCUUUUCAUUUGGUGCUCCUGUCAUGGAUGUGAAGCUCAAUGGAUCAAACUACAGAGAAUGGGCUUUCUCUCUCAAAAUGCUGCUUCAAUCUGCUGAUCUUGCCUCACAUCUCACUGAUGCCCCACCACCAGCCACUAAUGAUAGAGGUCAAAGCUUGGAACCUUGAAGAUGAUCAGGUAAUGGCAACUAUCUGCAUGAGUAUUGAUCUGAGCAUUCGCUCCUGUCUUGAGGAUCACAAUACUGCAAAAGAGAUGUGGGACUACCUGAAAGGUUGCUAUCAACAAAGCAGCUCGGCCCUUCGCUAUUCACUUCGCCAGAACCUUCAUCAUCUCCAACAGCAGGACAUGUCGGUUGAGGAGUAUUACAGUGCCUUCACUAAGAUAUCACGCCAGCUUGAUUCAAUGGUUCCCAAGCCUUCUCCCUUAUGCAAGGAUUGUGUCCCAUCUUGGACUGACAGAGACAAGUAUGAUCAGCGAAUACUAUGUUUGACUUUGUGAUGGGUCUGCGGUCUGAGUUUGAACCCAUUCGUGUUCAGCUUUUGGGGAGACCUACUCUUCCUACAUUGUCUGAAGCACUAUCUGCUCUCAUGGCUGAGGAGACGCGCCUUAAAACUCUUACUGCUCCAGUGUCUCAGCAUUCAGUGCUAGCUGCUCCUUCCCUGUCUGUUUCGGUUGCAGCACCAGCCACCUCUCAGAAGACUCCUUGCAGCCACUGUGGCAGGAUGAAUCAUCCAGAUGAACGGUGUUUCAAGAAGUAUCCUCAUCUCUUGGCUGAAAUGCGAGCAAAGCGUGCUGCUUCACGCCGGGGGCCACUUGCAGCUUCUUCUAGCACCCAAGCAGUAGCUGCACCACAGUUCCAAGCAACAACACCUCAGUUCCAACAAGCAGUAGCACCUCAGUUCCAACUUCACUCAGCACCUCAGUUCCAACAGCAAUCUAGCAGCACCACCUCUGCUCCAGUCAGUGCAUAUAUGUCAGCUAGCUCCUUGUCCUCCACAUCGCACCCAGGAUCGGCAAACCCGAGCACUCUUGGUACUGGCCGUCGUCUCUACAUCCUUGAUCAUCUUCGGUUGCCGCCAUCACCUUCUUUUGCAUCAUCGUCAUCAGCUUCUAUUGCGGCCACUUUCCCUCAAUGGCAUCAUCGCUUAGGUCAUUUGUGUGGCUCACGUCUGUCUACCUUAGUCAAGCAGGGUGUUCUUGGUCAUGUAUCAAUUGAUCGCUCUUUUGAAUGUACUGGUUGUAAACUAGGGAAACAGAUUCAACUUCCUUAUCCCUCUCGUGACUCCAAAACUACUUAACCUUUUGCUCUUUUACAUUCUGAUGUAUGGGGACCUGCUCCUUUUGCCUUCAAAGGUGGCCACAAGUAUUAUGUCGUAUUCAUUAAUGAUUAUUCUCGCUACACCUGGAUUUAUUUCAUGAAGCAUUGGUCUUAAUUGUUAUCCAUUUACAAGUCUUUUGUUCAAAUGGUUCAUACUCAAUUUUCUUCUCCCAUUUGCAUCUUUCGUUCCGAUUCUGGGGGAGAGUAUCUUUUUAAUGCUUUUCGUCAGCUUCUUUCUUCUGAAGGAACCUUGCCUCAGCUCUCUUGUCCUGGUGCUCAUGCUCAAAAUGGUGUUGCUGAGCGUAAGCAUCAUCAUAUCAUUGAAACUGCACGAACUCUUCUCAUUUCCUCUUUUGUGCCUUCUCAUUUUUGGGCUGAAGCUGUAUCUACUGCUAUAUAUCUCAUCAAUCUUCAGCCAUCAUCUCAUCUUCAGGGCAAAUGCCCUGGAGAAGUCUUGCAUGGGUCUUCUCCUAAAUAUACCCACCUUCGUGUUUUUGGUUGCACGUGUUAUGUUCUUCUACCUUCUCAUGAAUGCUCAAAGCUCACAGCUCAAUCAGUUGAGUGCGUUUUUCUUGGUUAUAGUCUUGAGCACAAGGGUUAUCAGUGUUAUGACCCUUCAGCUCAUCAUAUUCGUAUUUCUCGUGAUGUCACUUUUCUUGAAAAUAAGCCAUAUUUUUACUCUUCUACUCCUCCACCCUCCUCAUAUGUUGAGUCCCUCUCCUUCCUUUUCUUGCCACCUAUAUCUAGUUCACCAUGUCCUUCCUCUUUUGACAUGGUUCCAUCUUCUCUUGAUUCCUCUACCAUUCACUUGAACCAGCUCCAUCUCUUGAUCCAACACCUCCACCUCCGCUAUCUGUUCCAACUUCACAACCACUACCUUCAUCUGUUACACCUUUUCCUUUUCACUAUUCUCGUCGAGCCCAUAUUCCUUCUCAUACCUCUAGUCCUCCUUUAGACGAUACUUCUUCUCCUGUCCCAACACCACCUUCUUCUCCACCAUAUAACCUUAGGGAUCGUUCUACUAUUAUUGUCCUUGAUCGACUUGGUUUUCCCACUGCUGGUGCUAUUUGUGAGCCUUCUUCUUAUCAGGAAGCUGUCCAUCUUCCUGUUUGGCAAGAUGCCAUGUCUGCUGAACUUCAUGCUUUACAACGCACGGGUACUUGGGAGGUUGUUCCAUUGCCUUGUGAUGUUGUCCCCAUCACCUGCAAGUGGGUAUACAAGGUUAAAACCAAAGCCGAUGGCUCUAUUGAGAGGUACGAGCUAUUGAGAGGUACAAGGCUCGCUUAGUUGCUCGGGGAUUCCAACAGUCCUAUGGUCAUGAUUAUGAGGAGACUUUUGCUCCCGUUGCUCAUAUGACCACAGUCCGUACUCUUAUUGCUGUGGCUGCCAUUCAUUCAUGGACUAUCUCUCAAAUGGAUGUGAAGAAUGCUUUUCUUCAUGGUGAUCUGCAAGAGAAUGUCUAUAUGCAUCCACUGCUGGGAGUUGAGGUUCCUCCUGGAUAUGUUUGUCAUCUUAGGCGUGCUCUUUAUGGUCUCAAGCAAGCACCGAGAGCUUGGUUUCAGCGGUUCAGUUCAGUUGUUACUGCUGCAGGUUUCACUCCGAGUGACCAUGAUCCAGCUCUGUUUGUUCAUACCUCUCCACGAGGUCGCACUUUAAUUCUGCUAUAUGUUGAUGACAUGUUGAUCACUGGGGAUGAUUCAGAAUACAUUACCUUUGUUAAAGAGCGCCUUUGUGAACAAUUUAUGAUGUCUGAUCUGGGUUCCUUAAGCUAUUUUCUGGGCAUUGAAAUUACCUCCACUACUGAUGGCUAUUAUCUCUCUCAAACCAAGUAUAUUCAAGACUUGCUUGCUCGUUCUGGCAUCACUGACACUCGGUGUGCUGCUACUCCUAUGGAGCUUCAUCUUCAUCUAAAGCCAUCAGAUGGUCUUCCUCUUGCAGAUCCAACACGGUAUCGCCAUCUUGUUCGUAGCCUGGUCUAUCUCACUGCUACCAGACCGGACAUUGCUUAUGCAAUCCACAUUCUCACACAGUUUGUCAGUGCACCUACCACAGUUCACUAUGCUCAUUUGCUUCGCGUUCUGCGGUAUCUGUGGGGGACAAUCUCUCAACGACUGUUUUAUACCGCAUCCAGUUGGCCUGUGCUCCAUGCUUACUCUGAUGCUAUUUGGGCUAGUGAUCAUACUGAUCGAAGAUCUGUGACUGGUUACUGUAUCUUCCUUGGUGACUCACCAAUUGCAUGGAAGUCCAAGAGGCAAACUGCAGUUUCCCGCUCUAGCACUGAAGCUGAACUAAGAGCUUGAGCCACAACAACAGCAGAAAUUAUUUGGCUCUGUUGGCUAUUGGCUGAUUUUGGAGUUACUUGUGCUGAUCCUACCAUUCUCCAUUGUGAAAACACUAGUGCUAUUCAAACUGCCAACAAUCCAGUCAAGCAUGAGCUCACUAAGCAUAUUGGUGUUGAUGCCUCCUUCAUACGAUCUCACUGUCAACAAUCUACUGUUGAUCUUCAGUACACACCUUCUGAACUUCAGCUUGCAGAUUUCUUCACCAAGGCUCAGACUAGAGAUCAACAUCAAUUUCAUAUUCUCAAACUAAACGUGUCUAAUUUAGAUUCUUUGCAGCCACUUUUAGUUUGAGGGGGGCUGUUAAUAUGUCCAGAUUUAUGUUUAUCCCUUUCUAGCCCAUGUUAGCCUUAUGGCCCAUUCGGCCCAUACUUUGUAUACUUGUAACCCUAGACUGAAUGGAAUGAGGGCAGUCUGGUUAUUCUUCCCUUCUUCUCUAACAUUAAUGAGGCUAACUUCAUAAAUACUAGCCAUUAUGCUGGGAUUUCCUGGGCGAAGCUGAUUCUUGUAUUUUCUGGUUCUAUUUAUGCACUCCUAGUCUUGUUUUUGUUUACUCUUGAUCAUGCACAUUGUUGUGAGUUGAAAUUGGAGAAUAUCUUCAUCGAAUAUCUCAGUUCA